AUGGCUCCCAGAGUAAUUGUCGUCGGUGGCGGUCUGUCCGGCCUGAGCGCUGCUCACACCAUCUACCUGGCCGGUGGCAACAUCGUUGUCCUCGACAAGCAGGGCUUCUUCGGUGGCAACUCGACCAAGGCCACCUCUGGCAUCAACGGUGCCCUGACCCGCACCCAGGUUGACCACGGCGUUGCCGACAGCGUCAAGCAGUUCUACGACGAUACCCUCAAGUCGGCCCGUGACAAGGCCCGCCCUGAUCUUAUCAAGGUCCUCACCUACAAGUCCGCUGCUGCCGUUGAGUGGCUCCAGGAUGUCUUCAACCUCGAUCUGACCCUCGUCUCUCGUCUCGGUGGUCACUCCCAGCCCCGAACCCACCGUGGCCACGAUGCCAAGUUCCCCGGUAUGGCCAUUACCUACGCCCUGAUGCAGCGCCUUGAGGAGCUUUCCGAGACGGAGCCCCACCGCGUCCAGAUCAUUAAGAAGGCUCGCGUCACCGGCCUCAACAAGGAAGGCAACAAUAUCCUCGGUGUCAACUACGAGUUCGAUGGCCAAACCCAGACUCUUGAGGGUCCCGUCGUCCUCGCCACCGGUGGUUACGCCGCCGACUUCGGCGAGGGCUCUCUGCUCAAGAAGCACCGCCCCGAUACCUACGGCCUCGCCACUACCAACGGUACCCACGCCACCGGUGACGGUCAGAAGAUGGUCAUGGACAUCGGCGGCAACGGCAUUGACAUGGACAAGGUCCAGGUUCACCCUACUGGCCUCGUCGACCCCAAGGACCCCGGUUCCAAGUGGAAGUUCCUGGCUGCCGAGGCUCUCCGUGGUGAGGGUGGUCUCCUUCUCAACGGCGAUGGCGACCGCUUCUGCGACGAGCUCGGCCACCGUGACUACGUCUCUGGUAUGAUGUGGAAGGAGAAGGACAAGGGCAAGUUCCCCGUCCGCCUCAUCCUCAACUCCAAGGCCUCCACCGUCCUUGACUUCCACACCCGCCACUACUCUGGCCGUGGUCUCAUGAAGAAGAUGUCUGGCGAGGAGCUUGCCAAGGAGAUUGGCUGCACUCCCGACCAUCUCCAGAACACGUUCAAGACCUACAAUGCUAUUGCUGAUGGCAAGCAGAAGGACCCUUGGGGCAAGAAGUUCUUCCACAACGGGCCCCUCGACAUCAACGACACCUUCCACGUCGCUGUCAUGGAGCCUGUUCUCCACUUCACCAUGGGUGGUAUUGAGAUCAACGACAAGGCUCAGGUCCUCAACCAGGAGAAGAAGCCCUUUGACGGCCUCUUCGCCUGCGGUGAGCUGGCUGGUGGUGUCCACGGUGCUAACCGUCUCGGUGGUUCUUCUCUCCUCGGCUGUGUCGUCUACGGCCGUGUUGCUGGCGACACUGCUAGCAACUACCUCUUUCAGAAGGCCCUCAGCGGUGCCGGCUCUGGUGCGGCCCGUCUUGGCCAGAUCUCUCUGCACCUCGAUCCCUCUGCUCCUGGCAGACUGACCGUGGAGUGGGCCAAUGGUGGUGCUGCCGCCGCCCCUACUCAGAUCGCUGAUGCGCCUGCCGCAGCCGCUGCUCCCGCCUCUUCCGCUGGUGCCGCCCCCGCCGCUGGCACCAAGGCCGAGGCCAAGCCCUUUUCCAUUCCCGAGCAGGAGUACAGCAUGGAGGAGGUUGCCAAGCACAACACCAAGGAAGACCUCUGGGUCGUCGUCAAGGGUGUCGUCAUGGACCUCUCCAACUGGCUCGACGACCACCCGGGCGGUCCCCAGGCUAUUAUGAACUUCAUGGGCCGUGACGCCACCGAGGAGUUUGAGAUGCUGCACGACGACGAGGUCAUCCCCAAGUACGCUCCCAACCAGGUCAUUGGCCGCGUCAAGGGCCAGGAGCCCUCCCUCGAGUUGUAA